AUGGUCGACGCCCAAGAUGCGGUUAGUAGAGAGACUCGAGCUCCUAUUACUCUUGCUAUUGUCGCCGUCUUUACAGUCCUUUCAAGCCUUUGCGUAGCCCUUCGACUCUACACCAGGAGGGUGAUACUACGAUUUGUCGGGCCCGAUGAUUACAUGAUCUUGGUAGCACACACUCUGAGCCUUGCGCAGUCCGGUAUCAAUUUCGGAAUCGUGAUAGCUGGUGGGGCAGGACAACAUGUUGAGUAUGUACAGGACAAAUUGCCAACCUUCAACCGGUUGGUGCUGGCUGCGACGGCAGUCUAUAACGCAGCGCAGAUUGCGACCAAAAUCUCGCUUCUCACCCAGUACUGUCACAUUUUCCCGGGCAGAGUAAUGCGAAUCAUCUCGCAGUGGAGCAUUGGGCUGCUUCUUUUAUGGGGGAUAGCGCAGCAGGCAUUUACACCAUGCACCUGUACGUAUGCGUCGAUUACUACUCUGACGCCAGAAAACUGCAUCGCCGACGACAUACCGAUUGCACUUAAUGCCAUUGUCAACAUGGUGACGGAUUUCCUGAUUCUUCUCAUCCCUAUCAAGCCUGUGCUUGGGCUGCAAAUCAACUGGGUGCGCAAGACGUACCUGAUAGUUGUUAUGUGUAUGGGCUUGGGUGUAUGCAUCAUCUCCGCCGUACGGCUCGACAUGCUGGUUGGAGGUAGGCACGACUGGAGAGACAUAACAUGGAAAAUGGCAACCAUUGCAUACCUUUCAACAAUCGAAACCAGCCUGGGAAUAAUGUGUGCCUGCAUCCCGGCGCUUCGGCCACUGAUGAGGAGAGUGCUGCCAAACAUGCUUGGAUCAAGCGCAAAGGACACGACAAAUGGUGCGAUGCGAUACGGAAGCAGAGGCACAAGGCUGGCCGAGGCAAACGGUACCAAAACAAAGGCGAGCCCGGUAAAUGGCAUUUACGUACAAAAAGACGUGCAAUUUCAUAGCACGACGGAGCUCAGGGAUGUUUCGGGGAGUAAAGAACCGUACCCGGCCUCUGACCGAUCAUCCGACGAUGAGAUGAGCUUGGAACGGGCCUUCCCGCCGACAAUGGCGAAACCAUAG